AACAACCAACCCAUCGCGAUUUCUGACUACACAAAGGAGUCAAAGAUCCCUACUGCUGGAAACAAAGGAGAAUAUAUAAUUCCAAGUGAAACUCGAAACUGACCACGUCUGCACAUUCCAAUAUGAGCAAAGUAACCUUCAAGAUCACGCUAACGUCGGACCCCAAGCUGCCCUUUAAGGUGCUCAGUGUUCCAGAGGGGACACCCUUUACGGCUGUGCUAAAAUUUGCCUCGGAAGAGUUUAAAGUUCCGGCAGAGACAAGUGCCAUUAUUACAGACGAUGGAAUCGGCAUAAGCCCACAGCAGACAGCCGGAAAUGUGUUCCUCAAGCACGGGUCGGAGCUGCGACUCAUCCCCAGAGAUCGGGUGGGGUGCUAACUAGGCUAGUAUACCCCUAUCCCUUUGUAUUUCCCUGAGAUUGUCCCCCCCUUUGUGAAUUCUUAUUAAAAUGUUAAUUGAAACUUCUGAA